AUGCCAAUGCGCUUGCCUCAACUUGAGGGUGUGGUGAGUACGCGCAGCCUCACGCAGCUUCUCUUCGUCCCAGGAAAAUGUGCCUCGUCUGCACGGUUGCAGCUUCUGCUUGAGUCAGGCAAAACCGAUAUGUGGCAAAUGCAGCGUUGUGAAGACCUCUCUCCGCACCCUCGACGAAGCUUUGCCUACAAAGCACCUCUGCACUGGACUCCCCUGGGCUACAAAUCUAGGCGCCGUCUUCGGCCUUGUUUGACUUGUGCUUUGGACGAUGCUUCCCUUGCUUUUGAAGUCGCUGCCAUGAAGGCCCUUGCAGCACCUGUGCCGCACCGAUUUGGAAGCCUGGCUCUUCGAGGUGUCGCUCGGUCUCGCAGCAUGAAAGAUAUGUUCAAGUGUACGGCUGGGACACGCGGCGGCGCCGGUGCAACCGCGGCAUGCGCUGAUCGGUUCCACCAACGCGGUGCCUUCGACAUCCGCGACAGGCUUCUUUGCCGCUGGAGCGAGAACGAGCUUUUUCCGCGCUGA